AUGCUUCGACGUCAAUUCGCACUGUUAACACAGCGCAGACUAGUUUCAGAAAUGUCUACUAGAAAAGUACAAUUCGCCACUAACGGCGUGUCACGCGUCGUGACACUUACGAGGCCCGAAAAGUUGAACGCACUGUCUACGGACAUGUGUGCAGCGAUCUUACCGACAUUGCAAGAAUACUCCAAAAGCCAGUUGAACAACGUGAUCGUGUUGAAAUCUUCGAGUUCACCCAGGGCUUUUUGUGCCGGUGGUGACGUGGCAAAGGUAGCUAUGCAAACCCAAGCACAUGGACACACCGGCGAGAAGGUCAAUAGACCCCAGGAGUUUUUCGUACAGGAAUACUCGUUGAACUUUCUUCUGGCGACGUAUGACAGGCCCAUUGUUGCGUUGAUGGACGGGAUCACUAUGGGUGGUGGUGUCGGAUUAGCGACGCAUGUUCCUUUCCGAGUCGCAACGGAAAAUACUAAGUGGAGUAUGCCCGAGAUGGAUAUUGGGUUUUUCCCCGAUGUGGGCACAACUUUCUCUCUACCUCAAAUAACGACUUUGGGUGGUACCGAGGGUCAAUUGGCGUUGUAUCUGUGCCUUACAGGUGAUCUUUUGACCGGCGCUGACGUUUACGUCGCGGGUUUGGCGUCCAAUUACGUUUCGAGCUCCAAUCUCACUGAUCUGCAGGCCAGACUCGCAGAGUUGCCCGUCGAGGAUAGCGAACGCAUGUAUGAGAUUACGGCGUCCGCGCUCGAAGAGUUUUCUACCGGUUUACCAGAGGGUUAUCAGUUUGCGUAUUCGCCCGCCAAGCUCGACGUUAUUGAGAAAUGUUUCGACAUCAAUCUUGGACUAGACGCGAUUUUGAAGAAACUGGCACAGACAGCCGAAUCUGCGUCCGCUACGCCAGAGACCAAGGAGUUUGCAGUAGAGACUUUACGUAAGCUCGGUACCAAAAGUCCUGUCUCUUUGCAAGUUGCCGUUGAGCAAUUCCUCAGAAACCGUCACUCGGACGUCGAAUCCGCACUCAAACAGGACCUAGUCACCGCUACCAACAUGUGCGCGGACCCCAAGGUCGAGUUUGCCGCAGCCACAAAGCACAAAUUGAUCGACAAGCAAAAAACUCAGUUCCCCUGGACUCAAACCUCGCUUUCGGUUGAAGAGCUCUCGCGGAUCGUGUCCCCGCGUCCUGCAAAUCCGCUCUCGCUGCUAAGGUUUCCCGGGGCCGUAACGUGGAAGAGAUACCCUCAUCAUUCCAAAUUCAUGCUGCCCACAGAGCAGCAGUUCCGCGACUAUAUCACAGGCAGUGAUGGUUCUGGCAGAUCACUUGCGGUUUCACGCCCAGAAGUGGUCAAAUAUUUCUCGCAAUUCAACGCAUCUUCCAAGGGAAAAACAGGCAUCGAGUACCUGUGCAACCUCGUUUGCGACAGAAAAUGCACUGUGGGUAAAGCUGGAGAACUUCACUGGACGGAUUGA